AUGACAACAAUGGAAGGGGCCAGCGGGUCGAGUUUUGGAAUAGACACGAUUUUGUCUAGUGCCAGUUCGGGCAGCCCCGGCAUGAUGAAUGGAGACUUCCGCCCGCUCGGCGAGGCCAGGACCGCGGAUUUUAGGAGUCAGGCCACUCCGUCCCCCUGCUCGGAGAUUGAUACCGUAGGAACGGCGCCUUCCUCUCCCAUCUCGGUCACCAUGGAGCCCCCGGAACCUCAUCUGAUAGCGGACGGGCCCCAGCAUCACCACCACCUCCACCACAGCCAGCCGCCGCCGCCGCCAGCCGCGGCCCCCACGCAAAGUUUGCAGCCCUCGCCCCAACAGCAGCCGCCGCCGCCGCCGCCGCAGCCACCGGCCCAGCAGCUGGGCUCGGCCGCCUCGGCCCCCAGGACUUCCACCUCUUCUUUUUUAAUUAAGGACAUUUUGGGCGACAGCAAACCUCUGGCGGCGUGUGCACCAUACAGCACCAGCGUCUCCUCUCCCCACCACACCCCGAAGCAGGAGAGCAACGCAACACACGAGAGCUUCAGGCCAAAGCUCGAGCAGGAGGACAGCAAAACCAAACUCGACAAGCGGGAAGAGUCCCAGAGCGACAUCAAAUGCCACGGAACAAAGGAGGAAGGAGACCGGGAGAUUACGAGUAGCCGAGAGAGUCCCCCUGUGAGAGCCAAAAAGCCUCGCAAAGCUAGGACGGCUUUCUCCGACCACCAACUCAAUCAGCUGGAGCGUAGCUUUGAGCGACAGAAGUACCUGAGUGUGCAGGACCGCAUGGACCUGGCAGCUGCGCUGAACCUCACUGACACCCAGGUCAAGACCUGGUACCAGAACCGCAGGACCAAGUGGAAGAGGCAGACCGCGGUGGGCCUGGAGCUGCUGGCCGAGGCGGGGAAUUACUCAGCACUGCAGAGGAUGUUUCCAUCGCCUUAUUUCUACCACCCAAGCUUGCUGGGCAGCAUGGACAGCACUACCGCCGCCGCGGCUGCCGCCGCCAUGUACAGCAGCAUGUACCGGACUCCUCCCGCGCCCCAUCCCCAGCUGCAGCGGCCCCUGGUGCCCCGAGUGCUCAUCCACGGCCUGGGACCUGGGGGACAGCCGGCCCUCAAUCCCCUGUCCAACCCCAUCCCAGGCACCCCGCAUCCCCGGUGA